AUGGACCUCAAGCUGGCAACAGUGCUGGACAAGGGAGAAGAAGAAGGAGAGUUUCAGACUCAGGCAAACGUCUACCCCUCGAUCUACCCCAUCCCUCAACCCCACUUCUACCCCUCAUCCUACCCCAUCCCUCAACCCCACUUCUACCCCUCAUCCUACCCUGUCCCACCCUACUUCUACCCCCAACCCUCAGUGAUGGAGGUAGAACCCAACUCUUGGAUGCCAUAUGUUCAGCAGUAUCCAGUGACCACACCUGCUGGAUGGUUGGGUGGACCUGAUGGUGGCUACAUGUAUGAUGAACAUGUGACACUUGUAAUCAUGUCACCACCUAUGAUGGAGCCUGAGCUUCGACUGGCAGUGACAAGGGGUGACAUUAUGGAGACAGAGAAGGCCAUGCUGUACCCACCCCAGACUACAGCUCUCACCUGGGGUGACAUUACAGAGGCAGAGGAGGCCAUGCUGUACCCAACCCUUGCUACAACUCACACGGGUGGUGACUUUAUGGAGACAGAGGAAGCCGAGCUGUACCCACCACUCACUACAACUCGCACCUGUGGUGACAUUACGGUGGCAGAGGAGGCCGAGCUGUACCCACCCCUCACUGCAACUCACACCUGUGGUGACGUUACGAAGGCAGAGGAGGCCGAGCUGUACUCACCCCUCACUACAACUCACACCUGUGGUGACAUUACGGCGGCAGAGGACGCCGAGCUGUACCCACCCCUCACUGCAACUCUCACCUGUGGUGACGUUAUGAAGGCAGAGGUGGCCGAGCUGUACCCACCCCUCACUGCAACUCACACCUGUGGUGACGUUACAGAGGCAGAGGACGCCGAGCUGUACCCACCCCUCACUGCAACUCUCACCUUUGGUGACUUUACAAAGGCAGAGGAGGCAGAGCUGUACCCACCCCUCACUACAAGUCACACCUGUCGUGAUGUUACGGAGGCAGAGGAAGCCGAGCGGUACUCACCCUUCACUACAACUCUCAACUCUGGUGGCAUUACGGAAGCAGAGGAGGCCGAGCUGUACCCACUCCAGACUAAAACGCUCACCUUUGGUGACUUUACGGAGGCAGAAUUGGCCGAGCUGUACUCACCCCAGUCUAAAGCUCUCACCUUUGGUGACUUUAUGGAGGCAGAGGAGGCCGAGCUGUACUCACCCUUCACUACAAUUCACACCUGUGGUGGCAUUACAGAAGCAGAGGAGGCCGAGCUGUACCCACUCCAGACUAAAACGCUCACCUUCGGUGACUUUACGGAGGCAAAAGAGGCCAAGCUGUACACACCCCAAACAAAACCCCUCACCUUUGGUGACUUUACGGAGGCAGAAUUGGCCGAGCUGUACUCACCCCAGUCUAAAGUUCUCACCUUUGGUGACGUUAUGGAGGCAGAGGAGGCCGAGCUGUACCCACCCCUCACUACAAUUCACACCUGUGGUGGCGUUACGGAGGCAGAGGAGGCCGAGCUGUACUCACCCUUCACUACAACUCACACCUGUGGUAACAUUACAGAGGCAGAGGACGCCAAGCUGUAUCCACCCCUCACUACAAGUCACACGUGUCGUGACGUUAUGAAGGCAGAGGAGGCCGAGCUGUACUCACCCCAGACUAAAACUCUCACCUGUCAAGAACAGACUGAGGAGGGCGAAGAGCAGAAGGAGAAUGUUAAGAAGAAAAGGGAGCAGAAGGACGAGAGGCACCACACCAAGAACAGCAAGGUGAUGGAGAAUGACCGCUCGAGACACUUCGGCUAUGUGACCCAUUCGUCCUACUCAGAAGCUUUAACGGCACCAAAAGGAACAGACAGCAAAAUGGUGGGCAGGAAACCAGCAUUUGUAACUCUGUACAACAGCAGGGAGGAACAGAAACCACACCUCACUCGACCAGGACAGAGGAACCGCCCUACCAAGCCCCAGCAGAGUCAGUGGAAGAAAGCACGGAGGGUCCUGGUCUUCCCUCUGUCACACCAAUUCACCACAUAA